AUGGGCGGGUCUACACGUGUUCCGCUCAAGAUCAGGAUCGCGGUAUGGCUGGAGACCGUACCGGCGCUGCUCAAACUUCUGGGAGUGGAGCGUGUCAGCCUCAUGUGCCACUCGGCUGGUACGAUAUAUCUCCUUAACACUCUGUAUCACCUUCGCGAGAUACUGGAUCCGGUGAAGCCGUAUGUUGCGAUCAUUGGCCCGUGGGUAGACACCGAACAGUCAAAGGUCUUCCUUUGGAGCGCGGCUUCUAAGCUUCCCGUAGGGAUGUUCGACGCCUGGAAUGGCCUAGGAAAAUUCAUCCAAACACAGAUCGCACCAUCCCUUUCCUGGUCCGGCGGCGUCAUAUCAGCAGUCUCAGGAGUCUUCAGCUCGAAGCCAAGCUGUGCCAUGACCCCCGGACAGCGAUACGACACCGCUGAGGACGUCGGUAAGGAAAUAGAAAAACUUCAGGUCAAGUAUUUCUUCGAGGAAGAUACGACUGCCGCCAAUGAAGAGCUCAAGCUUUGCGCGAAGAAGGAUGUCUCGGUGACUUGGGACGUGUGCGAUGAUUACGAGACGUACGUUCAAACUUUCUGCACUAGCGAGCGUGCAAGAAAGGACAGUCAUCAGGACGAACCAAAGCUGGAAAUGCAUGUCUACUACGCCGAAUCGGACAUGAUGAUUGGGAAGGGCGGCCAGGCCUACUUCGACAAAUGCUGGAAUCAGAGCAUGGUGUCUGAGGUCGUAGACUACCACAGCGUCGAAUUGUCAGGCACCGACCACGACUCAGCUUUGAUCGAUCAAGACAAAGGCGCUAUGAAACACAUCUUUGCUGCGGUCGGAAGAGCCCGCUGA